UGGAGGAGAAGGAGGAGGAGGUGGGGAGAGAGCAGCGAUAUGAAACGCGUGUGUUUAUGUCUCCUUCGUUACCCGUUAUCUGUGACUGACCACCGGCUCAGUUGCACCUGUACGAACGACCUUGCAAUUGCGACCGAAAUUCUUUUAACGAGGUUUCCAUGGAGGAGCAGUUUGUCGUUUUAUCCGUGAGGGCUGAAUUUGGUUCCUAUUGGUGUCAGGAUAUUUCGGGAUAACAGGUCAAGCUCCUCUCUCUCUCGGAGAACACAAGUGCCAUUUCAAAGCUUAUUGGAUGAAAGUCUCAUUUACCCCUGGCUGCCAAAUAUGACGUUGCCAUGGAAACAGCUUCUACUGUUAUCAAUCAUCGACUGUUUGACAGCUCUGCCUCGUGGCGUCAAAGCAACACGGUCCCCUCAGAGCAUGGACGUGGGACUUCUGGGGAAGUCCUGUGCCGUCUGGCAUCAGGAUAUUUGUAGUCGAGUCUUUCUUCGCCUUUCUGUCGCCAGCGACUUCAUCAUCUUGUUUAUAUGGUCACUGAAUGGGACUCUCAUAAAUCUGGGUCUGGAUCGUCGGCGGCGUCUGUCUGGGGGCAACCUCAUUAUAAGCAGCCUGGACCGCUACCAGGAUGUAGGGAUGUACCAGUGUAUGGCCUACAACACAGUAGGAGCUAUCCUCAGCAGAAGAGCAAGUCUCCAGUUUGCCUACUUAGAUCAUUUCAAAGUUCACACCAGAAGCGCAGUGUCCGUCCGAGAGGGACAAGGAGUGGUGUUGCUUUGUGGAACGCCCACUUCCUCAGGAGACCUUACUUAUGCAUGGAUCUUCAAUGAGUACCCGUACUUCGUUCAGCAAGACAAUCGGCGCUUCGUCUCCCAGCAGACAGGAAACCUUUACAUUGCCAAGGUGGAGCCCUCUGAUGUGGGCAACUACACGUGUGUAGUGAUGAACAGCAUCACAAAGGGCAAGGUUCAGAGCUCCCCCACGUCUCUGAUCCUCAGGACAGAUGGAGUGAUGGGUGAAUACGAGCCGAAAAUAGAAGUUAAUUUCCCAGACAAUGUACCCGCCGCGAAAGGAUCAACAGUUACGCUGGAAUGUUUCGCCCUUGGGAACCCCGUCCCAGAAAUCACCUGGAGGAGGGCCAACGGCGUUCCCUUCCCCAGCAAAGUUAAAAUGAAGUACUCGAACGCCGUGCUGGAGAUUCCCAGCUUUCAGCAGGACGACACGGGCGGUUACGAGUGCGUGGCCGAGAACAAGAUGGGGAAGAACACAGUCACCGGUCGGCUGGCUUUUUAUGCAAAGCCUCAGUGGGUCCAGACAAUGAAAGACACGGCUCUAGCCAUUGAGGAGAGACUUUACUGGGAGUGUCGAGCCAACGGCAGGCCCAAACCCUCCUACACGUGGCUGAAGAACGGCCAACAGCUCCUCUCAGAGGACAGGAUCCACGUGGAGGACGGAGUCCUGUCAGUGUCUGCGCUGACCCUGUCUGACGCUGGCAUGUACCAGUGUGUGGCCGAGAAUAAACACGGUGUCAUAUAUUUUGCUGCUGAACUAAUGGUUUUAGCUUCUCCUCCAGACUUCACAGGGAACCUCCUCAGAGCUUUGCUCAAAGCCAAGACAGGAACUACAGUGACUUUAGAAUGUAAACCCCAGGCCUAUCCCAUCGCUAGCAUUUUAUGGAAGAAAGGCAACCUGCCAAUCCACACAAAUGACAGGAUCACACUGUCCCCAGAUGGAACGCUGAGGCUUGCCAACGUGAGCAAGUCUGAUGCAGGCAGCUAUACGUGCUUUGCUAGGAAUAGAUUUGGCAUGUCAAGUACAACUGGAAGGCUCCUUGUUACCGAUCCAACCAGAAUCAUCCAGGGGCCAGUGGACACAGAGAUCAUUGUGGGCGAGAGCAUUGUGUUACCCUGCCAGGUCACCAGCGAUCCCGUCCUUGAUGUUUCUUUCUCCUGGGCCUUCAAUGGACAGCUCAUCGCCAAGGGAGACAGUCACUUUGAAUUUGUGGGUGGGAGAACAGCAGGAGAUCUUAUGAUCAGGAACAUUCAGCUUUACCAUGCUGGCAAAUACAUCUGUGUGGUGGACACGGACGUGGAGAGUCUAUCAGCCGUGGCUGUAUUGAUUGUGAAAGGCCCUCCCAGCCCUCCAGACUCAGUGACGGUGGAGGAGGUGACAGACAGUACAGCCCAGCUGGCGUGGAGCCCCGGCAGAGACAACGGCAGCCCCAUCACCAAUUACCUCAUUCAAACCCGAACUCCCUUCACUGUGGGCUGGCAGAGGGUUAACACAGUCCCGGAGAUAAUCGAUGGGAACACACUGACAGCCACCGUGGUGGACCUCAAUGCCUGGGUUGAAUAUGACUUUCGGGUACUGGCAAAAAACAGCGUUGGUGUCGGAGAACCCAGCCCAGUGUCCGUGAAGACCAGGACAGAGGAUGCAGUUCCAGAUGCAGUGCCAGGUGAUGUGGGUGGAGGUGGUGGAAGCAGAUAUGAACUGGUUAUCACGUGGGAGCCUGUUCCCGAAGAACUACAGAAUGGUGAGAGCUUUGGUUACAUCAUCGCUUUCCGCGCCUUCGGAGAAGCUAGCUGGACACACGUGGCCACCUCCGCCCCUGGCGCGUCACGCUACGUGUACCGCAACGACAGCAUCGCGCCCUUCUCUCCGUUUCACGUUAAGGUUGGCACUUACAACAGCAAAGGACAGGGUCCCUUCAGCCCCGUGGUCACCAUCUACUCUGCGGAGACAGAGCCAAGUGAGAAGCCAGCGGGAGUUAGGGCCAGAAGUGUCUCAGCCUCUGAGAUUGAGGUGAAUUGGCAGGCUCUCUCCUUCAUCCCUGAAAGGGUUCUGGGCUAUGAGGUGGCUUACUGGGAAGAUGACACUAAACCAGAGACCAUGGGGAAAGUUAGAGUGCCUUGGAACCAAACCUCGGCCACAGUGAGUGGCUUGGCAGGAAAUACACAGUAUUUCCUAACAGUCAGCGCCUUCAAUACAGCAGGCACUAGCCCAUUCCUCCCUGCGAUCAAUGUCACCACAAAAAAGCCACCACCUUCCCAGCCGCCAAUGAAUGUGGGAUGGAACCUAAUGGGCUCUCAGCUGUCUGUUUACUGGGAACCUGUGGUGGCAAUGGAAUCAGAAUCAGAAGUUUUGGGCUAUCAACUGUCAUACCAUAGGCAGCGACACAAAGAGGUAAUCACACUCACAACGGUCAAUGCAACAGCAGAGCUGACCCUCCCUGAGGACGAUGAGGAGUACAUCAUCUUUGUGCAGACACUGAGUGAAGGAGGACUAGGGCCGGCAUCAGAUCCCAUACGAAUCCACCAGCUAAGUAUGAGCGCCCGUGGCUCCAGAGCCUGGAGUGUGGAGAUCUCCCCCCUCUCCCUGUUCCUCACCAUCGCAAUAUCCUCAUUCAGGUCAUCGUUGUGACACAAACAGACUCUGCUCUGUUUUUCAGCAUUCACUAUUGGCUCUUGUUUUGUUUUGUUUUCUUUAAUUUGUGAAGGUGGUCAAGGUUUUUUCUUUUCUUGCAUUUUUUUAAGGUACCGCAUAUGUUUCUCCCAGUGUUAUUUUGCAAGUAUGCAGCAGCACAAGAGAAGAGUGUGCUGUCAGACACUUAAUUAACAGUAAACGCUUGCUUUUUUUUUUCUAACAUAAGUCUGUUUUGACACUUUUGCUGGUUGGGAACAAUGCUCCAUUUCAACUCUUUUUUGACUCUAGAAUGAUACAGAUGCCUUACUUCCAUUCAUGUGCCAAAGUAGUUUCAGCCUUCUCGUUGUUAUUGCUAAGAUAGCUACAUGCUUUCCUCAACAUUUUAUUCCUCACUUUUCUUAUCACGAAGGUCUCAGUGAACCUUGCAGAAAGCCCUGCAGAGAAGUUUAUGAUUGUUUGUUUGUUUCCUUGUAUUUCUGAGUCUUCAGUUCUCCUCUCCAAAAUCAGAAAGUAGGGACACGUUCAUUCACCUGCGCCCGUGCCUUGGAGAUUCUUGUAUCGGCAUCACUUAUAGACACUGGUUAGUGGUACUUAGCAUUUCAGAACAUACUGCAGCCAUCUCCAUCUUUACGUGAUCCUUUAAAAGUCGGUUGUGUCCCAGAUGAAACUCAUAAAACACCUCAUAGUGCCGUUGUCCUCCAUUUACCUUUUAUCUUUUGAUUGUGCGGAGCUGAAUGUACCAUGAAAGCUCCUAAAAAUUUUAAUGCCUCACGCUAGUUAUAGUUAUAGCCUGCCGAAUGAUGGAUUUGACUUUGCUCUGCGUUCACAAAUUUUACAUUUGCUUGUAUACAGUAGUACCGGCAGAGGUGCGUAACUGCCAAUGUAAUUCCUUUUUUUCCAGCACCAGCGCUUCAGCGAACUUAAACAGCAGUCAUUGAAGUCAUUUAUCAAAGGAAAAUGACAAAUGUUCACCGGCUUCAGCUUCUCAGAUGUGAGACUUUGUUGUUUAAGAUGUAAAACACAGCAAGGUGUACCUUUUAUUAUAUUUCCCUCCACAGUAUUCAACUUUGGAUGGGAUUGCAAUGAUCUGCCAACAAACCACUAUAUGAAAUCAAAAUUAGAGGGUGAUCUAGUUACUUUUGUAUCGAUUUUCUAAUCUCACUUUCCUGUUUUCACAUUAAUUUUUGAAAUAUGCAGGAUUUCCUUUAUCUCGCUAGGCU